ACAGUCCGGGUCUGAACUGUUUAUAGCGACGCCAGUCAUCGCGCUUUCACUUGGUGUAACUCUGCACUCAGCUCCGCUCGGAAACUCGUGGGUCGAUGGCCGGGAGCCUGCAGCUGACACAUCUGCUCUACUGGACCUUCUCACAUGAUCUCUGCCUGUUUCCCGAACUGGACUAAAAAAACAAAAACCCAGCGGAAAAUGAAUGCGUGCACGAUUGUCCUGAUCCUGGCUGCGCACAUUCACGCCGACAGUGUAGAAGGACCCGCAGCAGGCUGUACAUUUGAUGAGGACUCUGACCCCAGCCUGUGUGAGUUCAGCCAGGGAGAGGAGGAUGAUUUUGAUUGGCAGCUGUUCCGCACCCACAACUUACCUCAUGCCACACCUGAUCUCCUGCAUGGCUCCUACAUGAUAGUAAACUCAUCCCAGCAUGCCGCAGGCCAGAGAGCUCAGCUGCUGCUGCAGACGCUCAGCGAGAAUGACACGCACUGCGUCCAGUUCAGCUACUUCCUGUACAGCCGGGACGGACACAGCCCCGGGACACUACGAGUGUAUGUACGGGUGAACGGCGGGCCGCUGGGCAUGGCUGUGUGGAACAUCUCGGGUUCGCAAGGGCGCCAGUGGUAUCAGGUGGAGCUGGCAGUCAGCACCUUCUGGCCCAAUGAGUAUCAGGUAUUGCUGGAGGCGACUGUAGACCGUUGGGGCUAUAUUGCUGUGGACGACAUCUUGCUGCUGAACUAUCCCUGCUAUAAAGCCCCCCACUUUUCUCGCCUGGGGGAUGUGGAGGUCAAUGCUGGACAGAAUGCCACUUUCCAGUGUGUGGCAGCAGGAAGAGCAUCAGAGGCAGAGAAAUUUUUACUGGAGCGACACAAUGGUGAGGUAUCCUCAGGUGGCUCAGUCAAGCACCUGGGCCGCAAUCGUUUUUCAGUGUCCUUCCAGCUGGAGGACGUCCAGAGGCCUGAGCAGGACCUCUACCGCUGUGUCACACAGUCCUCCAGAGGCUCUGGUGUUUCUAACUUUGCUGAGCUCAUUGUUAAAGUGCCCCCUUCUCCCAUUGCUCCGCCCCAGCUGCUGAGAGCAGGUUCCACAUACUUGAUCAUCCAGCUCAACACCAACUCCAUCUUGGGUGAUGGGCCCAUCAUUCGCCGAGAGAUCGAGUACCGAGCAAGCCAUGCGCCUUGGUCUGAAAUCAACGGAGUGAACAUGCUCACCUACAAGCUCUGGCAUCUGGAUCCAGACACUGAGUACCACAUUAGUGUAUUGCUCACUCGGCCUGGAGAAGGUGGCACUGGACCUGCUGGACCCCCUCUUAUAAGCAGAACUAAAUGUGCUGAACCCAUGCGAGCACUGCGUGACCUAAGGGCUUCAGAGAUUCAAGCUCGGCAGCUCACCCUCCAGUGGGAACCUCUGGCCUUUAACCUCACACGCUGCCACACCUAUUCUGUCUCACUGUGCUACCGCUAUGCCGUAGCAGGAGGCACUGGUGGUGCUGGGCACAACACCACCAUCAGAGAGUGCCUAGCAGUGGAGCAGAACACCUCACACUUCACCCUCCGAGACCUGCCACCCUACCACAUCAUCCAUGUCCGUCUUGCCCUCACCAACACUGAAGGCAAGAAGGAGGGGAAAGAGGUCAUGUUCCAGACAGAGGAGGAUAUUCCUGGAGGAAUCGCCCCAGAGUCUCUGACCUUCACCCCAUUGGACGACAUGGUCUUUCUAAAGUGGGAGGAGCCAGUGGAGCCCAAUGGCAUCAUUACUCAGUAUGAGAUUAGCUACCAGAGCAUUGAGUCAUCUGACCCCGGCAUCAAUGUGCCAGGCCCACGGCGCACUGUCUCCAAGCUGAGGAAUGAAACAUACCAUAUGUUCUCCAACCUACAUCCAGGCACCACUUACCUCAUCUCAGUACGGGCGCGAACUGCCAAAGGUUUUGGUCAGACAGCCCUCACAGAGAUCACUACCAAUAUCUCAGCACCCACCUUUGACUAUGGAGACAUGCCAUCUCCACUGAGUGAGACAGAGAGCACUAUUACCGUGUUGCUGCGUCCCGCUCAAGGCCGUGGUGCCCCAGUCAGUACAUAUCAAGUAGUUGUGGAGGAGGAAAGUGGGAGGAAAUUGAAGAGAGAGCUGGGGAUGCAGGAAUGCUUUCCUGUUCCCACCUCUCAUGGUGAGGCACAGGCACGUGGUGCUCCACACUACUACACAGCUGAACUGCCACCCAGUAGCCUGGCUGAGGCCACACCCUUUACUGUGGGGGACAACCACACCUAUAAUGGCUACUGGAACAGCCCACUAGACCCCAGGAAAAACUACCUUAUCUACUUCCAAGCCAUGAGCAACUUCCGAGGGGAAACAAGGAUAAACUGCAUCCGGAUUGCCCGUAAAGCGGCCUGUAAGGACCUCCGGCGGGCUCUGGAAGUGACACAGCACACUGAGGAGAUGGGGCUGAUUCUGGGAAUCUGUGCAGGGGGUCUGGUGGUUCUCAUUCUGUUACUAGGUGCCAUCAUCAUCAUCAUUAAGAAAGGAAGGGACUACUGCUCUUACUCUUACUAUCCUAGGAAGCCGGUGAACAUGAAUAAGACUCCCAUUACAUACAGACAGGAGAAGAGUCAUAUGAUGGGCUCAAUGGAGCGUAGCUUUGCAGACCAGAGCACCCUGCAGGAGGAUGAGAGAAUGGCUCUGUCCUUUAUGGAUGCCCACACCUGCAGUACUAGGAGUGAUCCACGCAGCUCCAUGAAUGAGUCAAGCAGCCUGCUUGGUGGAUCACCUCGGAGGCACUGCGGAAGUAAAGGUUCUCCAUACCACACGGGGCAGCUUCACCCUGCUGUACGUGUAGCUGACCUGCUGCAGCAUAUCAACCAAAUGAAGACAGCGGAGGGCUAUGGAUUCAAACAGGAGUAUGAAAGCUUCUUUGAAGGCUGGGAUGUCACCAAGAAGAAGGAUAAAUCUAAGGGAAGACACGACACGCUAAUGGACUAUGACCGUCACCGUGUGAAGCUGCACCCACUCCUUGGUGAUCCAAACUCCGACUACAUCAAUGCCAAUUACAUUGAUGGUUACCAUCGAUCCAACCACUUCAUUGCUACGCAGGGGCCCAAGCAGGAGACAGUAUAUGAUUUCUGGAGAAUGGUGUGGCAGGAGAACUGCUUCAGCAUCGUUAUGAUUACCAAGCUUGUGGAAGUGGGCAGGGUUAAGUGCUAUAAGUACUGGCCUGAUGACACAGAGCUGUAUGGAGACAUCAAGAUCAGUUUGCUGAAGACAGAAACUCUGGCUGAAUAUGCAGUACGCACCUUCUCCUUAGAGAGGAGGGGUUACUCAGCUAAGCACGAGGUGCAGCAGUUCCACUUUAUGUCAUGGCCAGAACAUGGAGUUCCAUACCAUGCCACAGGCCUGCUGGCCUUCAUCCGCCGAGUCAAAGCCUCUACACCAGCUGAUGCUGGCCCUGUGGUAGUUCACUGCAGUAUGGGGGCUGGCAGGACGGGUUGCUACAUCGUGCUGGAUGUCAUGUUAGACAUGGCAGAGUGUGAGGGAGUGGUGGACAUCUACAACUGUGUAAAAACUCUCUGUUCCCGCCGCAUCAACAUGAUCCAGACAGAGGAACAGUACAUAUUCAUUCAUGAUGCCAUCCUGGAAGCAUGCCUGUGUGGAGAGACAGCUAUACCAGUGAACGAGUUUGCACUCACAUAUAAAGAAUUGUUAAGGGUCGAUUCCCAGAACAACUCCUCACAGCUCCGUGAAGAGUUCCAGACGUUGAACUCUGUGACACCUCACCUUGAUGUGGAGGAGUGCAGCAUUGCACUGUUACCACGGAACCGUGAAAGGAAUCGCAGCAUGGAUGUCUUGCCACCAGACCGUGCUUUGGCUUUCCUGGUUACCACAGAGGGCGAGAGUAACAACUACAUCAAUGCUGCUCUCACUGACAGCUUCCACAGGCCAGCAGCCUUCAUAGUGACACCCCAUCCCCUGCCUGGCACAACCACUGACUUCUGGAGGCUGGUGUUUGACUAUGGAUGCACUUCUAUCGUCAUGCUCAACCAACUCAACCAGUCAAACUCAGCCUGGCCUUGUGUGCAGUAUUGGCCUGAGCCUGGUCUUCAGCAGUAUGGCCCCAUGCAGGUCGAGUUUCUCUCCAUGUCUACUGAUGAAGAUAUCAUUACGCGUCUGUUCCGGGUUACAAAUGUCUCACGGCUACAGGAGGGUCAUCUGGUGGUGUGCCAGUUCCAGUUCCUGCGCUGGUCAGCGUAUCGUGAUGUUCCUGACUCCAAGAAGGCCUUCCUUAACCUGCUCGCUCAUGUGCAGAAGUGGCAAAGAGAAUGUGGUGAUGGUCGCACUGUGGUCCACUGCCUUAAUGGAGGUGGGCGUAGUGGCACAUUUUGUGCAUGUACUAUUCUGAUGGAGAUGAUCCAGUACCAGAGCAUGGUGGAUGUCUUCUAUGCCGCUAAAACGCUGCGAAACGCCAAACCCAACAUGGUAGAGUCACUGGAACAGUACCGCUUCUGCUAUGACCUGGUGAUGGAAUAUUUGGAGUGCAUGGACCUCAGAUAGCAACAUAUCUCACCUGUCCUCUAAACACAGAGGAGGACUGCUGGCAGAUUCACUUUCUCUAUUCUCUCUGUCUCUGAGCUCUUUUUCCAUCUCUCUCCCUUUCCCUUUUGUCAGCUCGCUCAUACCAAAAUUCUUACCUGGUCGGGGAAGAGAAGAAAAUAAACAUGUGAGCAGAAGAUUUCGCCUUUUUGCCCGGAAUGUCUCGAUGUGGUGGACCAUCCUUGUCCUAGUUGUUUGUGGUUUAGUGUUGUUUUUUCAGCAUCUUUUCUCCUCCUGUUCUCCCUGAGCUGUGAGCAAUCCACUCAAAAUAACUCAAAGCCAGCUCUGAUACAGACUGCGAGAGUGUCUUAACUUCAUUUACUGAGAGUGUGACCCGUGUUCUGUACUGUACUGAGAAUGCUCAAAGAGAGGAAAAGUCCGUAGUUGGCUGGACUGAGGAAUGAGGUCUUGCUUUGAUUUGUUCUCCUUAUGUGCCAUACACUAGAGUGAAACAUCUGAGCCAUGGUCUGUAAGAUCAAGGAGGGCAAAACACACACAUACACGUGUGCACAUGCAAGGACACAAUCUCUCUGUUUUCUGAACAUUGAAUCUGCAGCCAGCUCUUCACUAAUUCAGUUGACAGUGCAUCAUGAUGGCCGCUUUUUCACUAAAGAGCCUUUGACAUCCAUUUUAUUAUAAAAUGUCUGGUGCAUUAUAUAAUUCUAGUAUUUCAUUGUACCUCGUUGGACCGUCUACAAUUGGACCAAUAUGAAUGCAUCAUAUUGGUCUAUGAGUGCACAGUGACCGAGUCUUUUAUUUCCUACAAUACAAAAUUCAAUGUCACUAACUGAAAAAGAGAGCUGUCAUAUAUUUGAUGGCUUUAAUAUCCUGCACUGGCUCAGUUUUUCUUUUGCUUUUUUCACUUGUAUAUAGAUUUAAUGUCCGCAGAUGAUCUUUGAUUUUGACAGACGAGCAAGAAAACCACUAAUGGAGAUUUACAGUUGCAUUCAGAGGCUGCAACAAGGCCAAACCUAAACUGGCAAGUCAGGGUUGGAAUGAUGCAUGGGAAGUCAACCAGUGUCAACUUCUAAUCCUCUAUCUACACUCUGACUUGUGUUUUUCAAUUUGUUACUGUUUAGCAGUUUUGCAGACCUUUGGCUCAAUGUGGCUGUGUGUAUGACCCAGUUGACCCUGGUGACCCAUUUCACCUUAUAUCCAUACAUGUGUACAAGUGUGUAUGGAACAAUUGUAUGAAAUUCCUAUAACGAAAAGUCGUUAGUAAGCUUGUCUAAUCAGCCUGAAUACAAAAAUAUAAUUUACUCAUAAUUAUUUCCAAAUGAUUAUUUCCUAAAGUGUCAAAUGGUCAAUAAAAUAAAUGCAUAUUAUUCUUCAAUUUAUCAUUAUUGUAUAUAUGGUAAUGAAAGGAGCGUAUCUUAUUUGCCCACCCAGUAUGAAGCCAUACUAAUGUAAUUAGCCUUUCAUUGUGCACACGCAUUGCUGGAUUAUUGUGGUCUAGUAACAGGACCACCAUAUUAAAACCAUAUUAAACGACAAUGAGACUCACACUGGGUCAGUGUGUUUUAGAAAGGUCAGUUGAAAAACUUACAAAUCUCUGCUGAAAAUUCAAUUUUAGUGUGACCAGCUGCCUGACCCAGGCCAAGCUAGUAAAACUGAUAGACUAUCUUUGCUAGCUGAUAAGUUAUUUCAGCUUCUUUAUUUGCUUACUUAAUCAGAUCAGUAAAUGUCUGAGAUUUUCUAAUUGCCUAACUGUUAUUUCCCUAAAAUAACAAUGUAGCAUUAGUAGUGGUGACACAAAAACUGCUUCCUUUCAAACCAUAUUUACCAACUGGUGUUUCAGUUUGACUAGUUUGAGUCUGUGUUUUGGCAAGUGUUAGCUGGUCAGACCAAGCUGGGUUUUUCAGUAGGUAUGCGAGAGAAUAAAACUCUAAAAUCACACAGCCAAAUGCCUGUGUCUAUAUGAAGUGUACUGCUUUAUUAAUGCCAUGGAAUAUCAACAAGCUGUACUUAAAUAGUUGUUUGUACAAAAUCAGGAAUUGUAUGUGGAUAAUUGAAGUUUUGCAGUGCAUUAUUAAUCAACACUUAAUACUACAGCAUUAAAAAAGCACAGAAUUAAUGUGCUUUCACCCUGACUGUGUGCAAACUGCAGAGUCACAGCUGAAGCCAAAUCCAUCUGAACUGGAAUAGAUUGGCUACUGCUGGUAACUAUAUGAAGCUUAAUGUUGUGUUUUAAUGCUAUAAUAAUUCAUAUAUGUACAGGCUUUGUUCAGCACCCCAGUUUUAUCUAUCUACAUACAGAUGAGCUUGUUAGUAAUCCCACAGCAUUUCAUCAUGUCAUUAUGACUUGGUCUGUAAACAUUUCUGAAAACGUUUGAGGUGUCAUCUUAAAGUUAUAUUGCCAUUAAUGACAGUAUGGGGUAAUCUAGACACUGUCAGAUUCCAUCCAUAUCAGUAUGAUGGUUGACCCUUACACUUACAAUUGCUCUAUUUUGCAUUAACUGUCAAUGUCUGAUUCAAACCCAAUCUAACAAAUGGAUAGGUCUGGACAUGUUCAUCUCAUUAUCGUAAAAGUUGUAAGGAGAGUAGUAAAUGUUGCAUGAGUUAAAUAGGAAAUAGAUUAAUGAUUAAAGAUGCUGGAAUUGAUAAAAUAGGAAAACUCAGAAGUUGAAAAUAUAAGGAAUAGUAAAUUAUAAAUAGGCAAGUAAUAUGUAUUUAUUUUAUUGACUGAUUCAUUUAUUGACCAUUAGGAAAUAGUUUUAUUCACUCUAUAAUUAAUUAUAAUAUUCAAUUAUAUAGCCUAACAUACACUACCGUUCAAAAGUUUGGGGUCACUUUGAAAUUUCCUUAUUUUUGAAAGAAAAGCACUGUUCUUUUCAAUGAAGAUCACUUUAAACUAAUCAGAAAUACACUCUAUACAUUGCUAAUGUGGUAAAUGACUAUUCUAGCUGCAAAUGUCUGUUUUUUGGUGCAAUAUCUACAUAGGUGUACAGUAUAGAGGCCCAUUUCCAGCAACUAUCACUCCAGUGUUCUAAUGGUACAAUGUGUUUGCUCAUUGCCUCAGAAGGCUAAUGGAUGAUUAGAAAACCCUUGUACAAUCAUGUUAGCACAGCUGAAAACAGUUUAGCUCUUUAGAGAAGCUAUAAAACUGACCUUCCUUUGAGCAGAUUGAGUUUCUGGAGCAUCACAUUUGUGGGGUUGAUUAAAUGCUCAAAAUGGCCAGAAAAAUGUUUUGACUAUAUUUUCUAUUAAUUUUACAACUUAUGGUGGUAAAUAAAAGUGUGACUUUUCAUGGAAAACACAAAAUUGUCUGGGUGACCCCAAACUUUUGAACGGUAGUGUAAUAUACAUACUAUAUCAUGAUUGAUUUGAUCCACACAUAUGUCCAUAACAUAUGACCCAGUUUCAUCUGAAAAUAUACUUGCACACACCUCUCAAAUAAUGCUCUAACUGCACAGCUGCUAAAAAUGUCAUAUCAGAGAUUCAUCAGGUUAAUUGUCAUAAAAACCACACACAAGAUUUUAGUGCAGCUGCCAUUUUUAUAGCUGUGCAUAUGUCAUCCCAGAUGUUGGGCUUCUGAGGUGAUGCUGAGUGACAGUCUCUCCAGCCAAUUGCAUCCAGCACAGUCCAAAAUUCCAAGCCAACAAGCUGGUUUAGAGAGUCAAGGGAAUUGUCUGAAUCGUCUGACAGAUGGAACAGUUUAUAAUAGGCAAGAGGUAUUGAGGGCUCAUCCAGAGAAUUUCAGUAACCUGUCUUUUCUUUUAUGAUCCUGAACUUUGUGAGAAAGUGCCUGGACCCUCAUAUUGGAAAUGAAGAGUACAUGUGUAUAUAUGGAUGUAUAUUUGUUCAUGUGAAUAGUAUAUGAAUAAACCACUAUGUGCUUGGCCACAUUUGAAAGUAAAUGCUAAAAAAAGUUGAAUGUAUUGUAUUGUAUAUUACCUUUUGAUUCAUUAAUGUGACACCAAAUGAUAUAAUGCAUCUAUCGCUUGCUGUGGAGAUCAAAGAAAAGCCACCUAAAGCCCCCUUAUGAAGCCCACCUGUAGUCAUUUCAAACAACAUAAUGAUGAAUUCUUUCAUUCUGUCUCUCAUACAGAGACAUGUUUGCCAUUUCAUUUGUUCUUUUGUACAGCAUGUUGUUCAAUGGUCCAGUGUACUUAUUCAGACACAGUGGAAAAACGGUGGACUUUUGCCAUCUAGUCUGAUAUGGAAAUAGCCUGUGGGCUGUUUCUUCCAUGUUGUUAUGAUUAUUCUUAUUAUUUUUUUCUUCUUUUUGUAAGUGUUUGUGUAUGGUGCUGAAUGGACUGAAAAGAAUAUUGUGCUUUUGACCAUGUAUUUGUGGGUUUGGAAGGGGACAUGGAAGCAGAAAUGAUAGAGAUUUGAGGGUUGGAGGGAUUUUUGUCUUUAAAAGAAGAUAAAUAAAAGGUUCUACAAUGUAA